AUGUGUGACAUAGACAGCGAGGACGCAGGUAUGUCACCAGUGAGUGAGACAGGUAAAGACAGGCUGUCAGAUGACUCAACAGAUGAGGAGGCAGAUUUCGAUGACAUUUCAAUUGACUUGCUUUCCGAUACGGAUGAAUACGAAAGAAAACCGAUAACUGCUGAGCAAAAAACCAAGAAACAAGAGUCCAGAUAUAAGAUGUCUGACAUAGGCGAUGAGGAACCAAGUCUGUCACCAGUGAGUGAGACACACCAAGGAAAGCAAUCAGAGGACAGAUCAGAUGGGGAGGCAGAUUUUGAUGACGUUUCACUUGAAAUAUCUCCAGAAAGGGACGAAUAUGAAAGGGAACCGUCUAUAUGUGACUUAGACGGUGAGGAACCAGGUCUGUCACCACUGAGUGAGACAGGUAAAGACAGGCUGUCAGAUGACUCAACAGAUGAGGAGGCAGAUUUCAAUGACAUACCAAUUGACUUGCUUUCCUAUAUGGAUGAAUACGAAAGAAAACCGAUAACUGCUGAGCAAGAAACCAAGAAACAAGAGUCCAGAUAUAAGAUGUCUGACAUAGGCGAUGAGGAACCAAGUCUGUCACCAGUGAGUGAGACACACCAAGGAAAGCAAUCAGAGGACACAUCAGAUGAGGAGGCAGAUUUUGAUGACGUUUCACUUGAAAUAUCUUCAGAAAUUGACGAAUAUGAAAGGGAACCGUCUAUAUGUGACAUAGACGGUGAGGAACCAAGUCUGUCACCACUGAGUGAGACAGGUAAAGGCAGGCUGUCAGAUGACUCAACAGAUGAGGAGGCAGAUUUCAAUGACAUACCAAUUGACUUGCUUUCCUAUAUGGAUGAAUACAAAAGAAAACCGAUAACUGCUGAGCAAAAAACCAAGAAACAAGAGUCCAGAUAUAAGAUGUCUGACAUAGGCGAUGAGGAACCAAGUCUGUCACCAGUGAGUGAGACACACCAAGGAAAGCAAUCAGAGGACAGAUCAGAUGGGGAGGCAGAUUUUGAUGACGUUUCACUUGAAAUAUCUCCAGAAAGGGACGAAUAUGAAAGGGAACCGUCUAUAUGUGACAUAGACGGUGAGGAACCAGGUCUGUCACCACUGAGUGAGACAGGUAAAGACAGGCUGUCAGAUGACUCAACAGAUGAGGAGGCAGAUUUCAAUGACAUACCAAUUGACUUGCUUUCCGAUACGGAUGAAUACAAAAGAACACCGAUAACUGCUGAGCAAAAAACCAAGAAACAAGAGUCAGGAUAUAAGAUGUCUGACAUAGGCGAUGAGGAACCAAGCCUGUCACCAGUGAGUGAGACACACCGAGAAAAGCAAUCAGAGGACACAUCAGAUGAGGAGGCAGAUUUUAAUGACGUUUCACUUGAUAUAUCAUUAGAAAUUGACGAAUAUGAAAGGGAACCGUCUAUAUGUGACAUAGACGGUGAGGAACCAAGUCUGUCACCAGUGAGUGAGACACACCAAGAAAAGCAAUCAGAGGACACAUUAGAUGAGGAGGCAGAUUUUGAUGACGUUUCACUUGAAAUAUCUUCAGAAAGUGAUGAAUAUGAAAGGGAACCCAUAAGCCCUGAGCAACAAACCAAGAAACAGGAGGUUUUUGAGUCAGUAUAUAAGAUCAAUGACAAAGGACUGAAAGAAAAUACAGUGACAGAGCAAGAUGGACAAAAGGUUGAUGCAUUACACCACAUGCUGACAGAAAAAGACAGAGAGAUUGCAAACCUAACUGCAAACAUGUUGAAAAGGGACUGUGAGCUUGUCGCUUUGCAACAGGAAAAACAGUCACUAGAGCACAUCUUCCUAAAGACAUUGCGAAAAAAGGAGAAGGCCUUGGCCAGCUGUGCUGCCAAGCUAGAAGAAGCUUCUCGUAGGGAAGGGGAGCUUGCAGAACAACUCAUAAUCCUAAGAGAGAGUAACGCAUUUGAUAUGGAGCAUCAAAAGCACCAAAGCGAAGCACUCCUCAUCCUGGAAGAUGCCCUGGCCAAAAAGGACAAAGAAAUUGCAAAUUUGGUGGAGAAACAUCAGCAAGAACUGCGGGAGCAGGCCGACAAGUUCACAAGUAUGAGACAGACAAAUGACGAGUUGAAGCAUCAUACCUCGGAACGUGUGCUAACAGAAAAAGACAGAGAGAUUGCGUCUCUAACUGCAAACAAUUUUGAACGUGACCGUGAGCUUGUCGCUCUGCGACAGGAAAAAGAGUCACUAGAGCAGAUUCAUCUAGAGGUAGUGCAAAAGAAGGAGAAGACCUUGGCAUGCUGUGUUGCCAAACUAGAAGAAGCUUCUCGCAGGGAAGGGGAGCUCGUGGAACAACUCAAAACCAUAAAAGAGCAUAACACAUUCCAUAUGGAGCGUGAAAAGCACCAAAGCGAAGCACUCCUCAUCCUGGAAGAUGCACUGGCCAAAAAGGACAAGGAAAUUGCAAAUUUAAUGGAGAAACAUCAGCAAGAACUGCGGGAGCAGGCAGACAAGUUCACAAGUAUGAGGCAGACAAAUGACGAGUUGAAGCAACAUACCAUGGAACGCAUACUAACAGAAAAAGACAAUGAGAUUGCGACUCUAACUGCAAACAAUUUUGAACGCGACCGUGAGGUUGUCGCUUUGCGACAGGAAAAAGAGUCACUAGAGCAGAUUCAUCUAGAGGUAGUGCAAAAGAAGGAGAAGACCUUGGCAUGCUGUGUUGCCAAACUAGAAGAAGCUUCUCGCAGGGAAGGGGAGCUCGUGGAACAACUCAGAACCAUAAAAGAGCAUAACACAUUCCAUAUGAAGCGUGAAAAGCACCAAAGCGAAGCACUCCUCAUCCUGGAAGAUGCACUGGCCAAAAAGGACAAGGAAAUUGCAAAUUUAAUGGAGAAACAUCAGCAAGAACUGCGGGAGCAGGCAGACAAGUUCACAAGUAUGAGGCAGACAAAUGACGAGUUGAAGCAACAUACCAUGGAACGCAUACUAACAGAAAAAGACAAUGAGAUUGCGACUCUAACUGCAAACAAUUUUGAACGCGACCGUGAGGUUGUCGCUUUGCGACAGGAAAAAGAGUCACUAGAGCAGAUUCAUCUAGAGGUAGUGCAAAAGAAGGAGAAGACCUUGGCAUGCUGUGUUGCCAAACUAGAAGAAGCUUCUCGCAGGGAAGGGGAGCUCGUGGAACAACUCAGAACCAUAAAAGAGCAUAACACAUUCCAUAUGGAGCGUGAAAAGCACCAAAGCGAAGCACUCCUCAUCCUGGAAGAUGCACUGGCCAAAAAGGACAAGGAAAUUGCAAAUUUAAUGGAGAAACAUCAGCAAGAACUGCGGGAGCAGGCAGACAAGUUCACAAGUAUGAGGCAGACAAAUGACGAGUUGAAGCAACAUACCAUGGAACGCAUACUAACAGAAAAAGACAAUGAGAUUGCGACUCUAACUGCAAACAAGAUUAAAAGCGACCGUGAGGUUGUCGCUUUGCGACAGGAAAAAGAGUCACUAGAGCAGAGCCAUCUAAAGAUAGUGCGAAAAAAGGAGAAGACCUUGGCUCGCUGUGUUGCAAAACUAGAAGAAACUUCUCGCAGGGAAGGGGAGCUCGCAGAACAACUCAGAACCCUACAAGAGUGUAACGCAUUAAAUAUGGAGCGUGAAAAGCACCAAAGCGAAGCACUCCUCCUCCUGGAAGAUGCACUGGCCAAAAAGGACAAAGAAAUUGCUAAUUUGAUGGAGAAACAUCAGCAAGAACUGUUGGAGCAGGCCGACAAGCUUACAAGCAUGGGACAGACAAAUGACGAGUUGAAGCAACAUACCCUGGAACGCGUGCUAAAAGAAAAAGACAGAGAGAUUGCGUCUCAAACUGCAAUCAUGGUUGAAAGGGACCGUGAGCUUGUUGCUCUGCAACAGGAAAAAGAGUCACUAGAGCACACCUUCCUAAAGGUACUGCGAAAAAAAGAGAAGGCCUUGGCACGCUGUGUUGUCAAACUAGAAGAAGCUUCUCGCAGGGAAGUGGAGCUCGCGGAACAACUCAGAACCCUAAAAGAGCACAACAAAUGUGAUGUGGAGCUUACAAAGCACCACAGCAAAAAAUUCUUCCUUGAAGAUGCACUGGCCACAAAGGAAAAGGAAAUUGCAAAUUUGAUGGAAAAACAUCACCAAGAAAAGGAAGAUGUCAAGAAACACUAUGUAAGCAAACUAGAAGAAGCUUCUCGCAGGGAAGAGGAGCUCAAUGAACGCCUGAUGAGACUAACUGAGCGAAACGCAUUAGAUGUGGUGCGUGAAAACAAAUCACUCCUCAUCUUGCAAGCUGAACUGAUCGAAAAGGACAGGGAAAUUGAAAGGCUGGUAGAGAAACAUCACCGAGAACUUCUGAAAAGGUGUAGCAACUAUUAACUGGAAAAAAGGCAUGUCACUAGCUGCAAACGUUGUGCAGACACAGCUUACAAGAGACCGAACACUGCUUCAAUUACCAGACAUGACACCUAGGAGCCCUCAAAGGGCCGCAUUCCUUAUGGUGAGGCAGAGACCGCCUCACAAAGAAUUUUUUUUUUCCUUUUCCCUUAUUGACAAAAGAUAGGGCUGCAUGGUGGAGAAGUUUGUAGCAAUAUCACCUGGCAGCAAGAUUCCCGGCCCAGGGUCUUUCUCCAAGGUGUUUGCGUAUUCUUCCCAUGCAUGCGCGGGUUCUCUCCGGGUGCACCGGCUUCCUCCCGCUUAAUUGGCAUCUUUAAAUUGUCUCAAGUGUAACUGUUGAAUGUGCAUAGAUGUAGUAUAAACAAGGACUCAACUGAGUUAAAUCCAUUUUUUUAAAUAAUGCAUCUCAUUUCAAAUUAAAUAAUUACAGUCUCAGUCAGUCUUCAGAAAAGGUAGAGCAACUUUGAAUUGGAAAAAGGCCUCACUAAGAGCUUUUUCCUUAUUGACAAAGGAUAGGGCAGCAUGGUGGAGAAGUUUGAAGCAAUGUCACCUAGCAACAAGAAGGUUCUGGGUUAAAUUUCUUGCCCAGGGUCUUUCUCCAUGGUGUUUGUGUAUUCUCACCGUGCAUGCGUGGGUUCUCUCUGGGUGCACCGGCUUCCUCCCGCUUAUUGGCAACUCUAACUUAUCUCAAGUGUAACUGUUGAGUGUGCAAAGAUGAGGUAUAAACAAGGCUUCAAUUGAGUGAAAUCCAUUUUUCUAACUAAUGCCAUUUCAAAUUAAAUAAUUUCAGUCUCAGUCAGGGCGAUGUAAAUUCAGUUUUUAGGGUCACAACUUUCUGCCCAUAAAGGACUUUAACCAGACUGGAGGAAUAUCUUUAAAACUGAGAAAAAUUUUAAAUAUGAUUUAAACAUUUCCCAAGGAUCCAUAAGAGCUUAUGAAUAUACUAAUCUGCUGCUAAUUAAAAGAUAGUCAGUGAAUCAGUGAAUUAUGAUCAAACAUUCACAGUUUUGUUUGCUUGUUGUUGUUAAAGAAAAAUGAUUAUUUUUAGUUUUUAAUACAGUUAAUCUUAUGGCAUGUGUAAAAUGUAUGUUGAACACUCUCAUUUUGACCAUAUUUCUUAAUUUUGAACAAGGUUGUGUUAAUGAUUUAAAAAUAAACUAUUGAUGGGUAAGUAUUCAAAGCACAGGAGGCCAUAAAAUGAGUAUCUCCUGGGGGGCGAAUAUCAUUUGAGC